GCUCGGGUAAAGAAGCGUCGACAAGGGGAUGGGGUACACAGGCGGCGUGAAGUGAGGCGCGCGAGGGAGGAGGACGGCGCGCCCAUGGCGGCGUCCCAGCGUCGCAGCAAUCCGUGAGUCGCUUCUCCCUUCCAUCGCCCACUCUCCGUCUCCCAUGGCGUCGUUGCCGCGUGCCAUGCAUGUUUCGGAAUCUGGUCUUGAGAUUCAGAGAAAGCUACCAUUUUUCUGCGAUUUGCUUCGCCGGCGCUGGUCUCGUCAUCUAAUGGUUCCGCAUCGACCCGAUCUGUGUUCCUUUCCGUCAACACGGAGGCUGGCGCCGCCACCUGCAGACUGGCCGGCGUCGGUGCUGCAGCCCUCCGACGACUGGAUCGAGUUCCGUCGGGCCGUGCGGUAUGAGUUCGCCGGCAAGCCCGGCAAGAACCAGGACUUCCUCGCCGUCAUGCGCGGGUUCAGUCUCGGGUUCUUCGGCGUCGACGGCGUGGUCAGCUAUCUGCAGCCCCUGUUCCAGGGGUACCCCGAUCUCAUCCGCAAAUUCAACACCUUCCUGCCAGGUGGAUAUGAGCUCAGGGACAGACAGGGUGGUGGUGCUGAUGCCUAGGUGUGCAAAACCUACAGCGUGGUUCAUCCGUGCUGGUUCUGUGUGCUGCUAGUACUUGUGAUCCUAAAUCUCGACUGUGUUCAUUGUCCUGUGUUUUAUUGAUACUCUUGGAGUGAGAGUGACCAGAGAGCAUAUUUAUCGUUUGCUUUAUAUUGACA